AUGCACAAUAUGAAAUCAUAUUAUUUAUUAUUGUUCCUCUUCUGUGCGAAUUUCUUGAACAUACAUGUGUGUCAGGCAAAUCAUUCGAAUAAUUGGGCAGUUCUUGUUGAUACAUCAAGGUUUUGGUUCAAUUACAGGCAUGUAGCAAACGUUUUGUCCAUUUACAGAAGUGUCAAACGUCUUGGUAUACCAGAUAGUCAGAUAAUAUUAAUGGUUGCUGAUGAUAUGGCCUGUAACCCUCGUAAUCCUAGUCCUGCGACUGUAUUCAAUAAUGCCGAUCAACAGCUUAAUGUCUAUGGGGACGACGUUGAAGUCGAUUUUAGAGGCUAUGAAGUAACGGUCGAAAACUUUGUACGUUUAUUAACAGGUCGGUUACCUCCUGAUACACCUCGUUCAAAACAAUUGCUUACUGAUGAAGGUAGUAACAUCUUAAUAUACCUUACUGGUCAUGGCGGUGAUGGAUUUCUAAAGUUUCAAGAUUCUGAAGAAGUUACCAGCCAAGAAUUAGCUGAUGCUCUUGAACAGAUGUGGCAGAAAAGAAGAUACCAUGAAAUAUUCUUUAUGAUUGAUACCUGUCAAGCUUCAUCGAUGUAUGAAAAAUUUUAUUCACCAAACAUUCUUGCAAUGGCUAGUAGUUUAGUUGGUGAAGACUCUCUUUCGCAUCACGUAGAUCCAGCAAUUGGAGUGUACAUAAUAGAUCGUUAUACAUUUUACGCAUUGAAAUUUUUAGAGAAUGUUAAACUGAAGAGUCGUAUUAGCAUGAAGAGUUUUCUGGGUGUUUGUCCUAAACAAGACUGUAUUUCAACUGUAGGAGUACGAAUAGACUUAUUUCACAGAGACCUGGCCAAAGUUCCAAUAACAGACUUUUUUGGAUCUGUUAGACCAGUCGAAUUAACCUUUGACUUUUUAGAUAUUUCAAACACACCAUUAUAGAAAAUAUUUGUAAAUACUGUUCUGUGUAAAAUUAUUGAUAAUUGUAUUUAACUUGUAUAUAAUUUCAAGUGUUUUAUUCCAUAUUUGUGAGCAGGUUAUUUCAUAAUAUUUUAUAUAUUGCUACAUCAUGUUAUAAAUACU